UCGAUCUACAAUCCCUGCAGUUAGGUUUUUGACUCCAGUCUUUCUCCUUGUUCAGCCCGUUAAAUGGUGGCCAUCCCAUAAUUGCACAGCAUGGUUGCGGUCGCACCUGGAACCCGUGGACGGAGCGAACAAUAUGAAGUAUGGGUUUCUGAUUUUCCUGAUCUUUUUUCAUCCUUUCCUUCUCUACUCCCUCGCUAAACCAAAUGGAGCAUGUGUUUCUCAAGGUAGUCGUUUUCCACCCUUCACGUCAGAGGGGAAGCCUCCCAAAAAAGGACCCAAAGAUUUGACCCUUUGCAGGGUUUUUCGCAAAAGAACUUGCUGUGACAUAACCCAGACUUACCCCGCUCUUUUGGCUGUAAGGAAGCUUGCGUCUACUGGGGAAGCCAGCCAGGAGUGCCUGGGCUUAUGGGAAUUGCUGGAGUGCUCUAUAUGUGAUCCACGCGUUGGUGUUCAGCCUGGACCCCCCCUCGUAUGUGCAUCAUUCUGUGACAGAAUUUAUGAGGCAUGUUCAAAUGCUUACUUCUCUAUGGAUGUGAAAACACAGAUUGUAGCACCUUGUGGAGUAAAUGACUUUGUAUGUGGUAGGGCUGCUGAAUGGGUCUCCAAUGGUACAGAUCUUUGUCUUGCUGCAGGUUUUCAAGUGAAACCAUAUGACAAUGCAUAUAUUAGCACCGAAAAAACAUCUUGUUAUGGUGAUGCAACCAGCCUAGAGUCAGUCGCUGAUUCAUGGAAGGCUUCACAGUUUGGGGUGACCCAGAGAGGUGACAAAUUGAGGGUGUUUGAAGAUAUCCCUCAAUGGGUGAGGCAAAUGCCAUUAAGUGAAAGAAUUUCCUGGGCUAUCGGAGGGAUGGUUCUAACAGCAGGAUUGGUGUUUAUGAGCAAAAGGCAGAGCCAUAACCAACGCCAGAAGCUGGCAGCUAUAAAACGAACUGCAAGAAAACUAGAAGGCAGGAUGAUGGAUCAACGACCUUCUAGUUCUAGUGCUCAAGAAAAUAGGAAAAGAUUUGUAAGAUGAAUGUUUCCUUGUAUGUUUUAUAUCAUACUUGUGCUAUUUUGUAGGUGAAUCUUGAGUUUGUUUUUAUGAUACUUAAGCGAAAAUACAUGCAUUAUAUUUUA